AUGUGCGCGUGGCGUUAUCAAACAACUGACUUUAGGAAUAAUGAUAAUUUUUUGCCUGAAAACGAGAAUGCUUACGCUAUGAAUGGUGCAUUCUUGGCGCAAAAUGCCACUGCUGAUAUUCAUUCAGCGUUUUUCCAGGCAUCUGGUGGCUUACUAGGAGAUGAUAUACCGGGAUCUGACGAAGAGGGCGAGAGAUACGAUGAGGAAGAUGAAAAACUUACGAGCCAACAGCGGAGCCACGGAGGCCCUUCCGCUUCGCCGCAGCCGCCCUCGCCUGGGAACUCCGCCUUUGGACUCCGACAGGUCUCAUCCGAGCUAUUUUCGGCGCCCUUUCUCAAAGACUUUGGUGGGAAUCACGUUGAGGGAGACAAUGACGACACCACAGCUGGGCGAAAGCCGAUGGAGGCGGCAUUGGCCCUCUCGAGGUGUCUGUUCAGAGGUACUGGGGACGGUGGGACGGGGGGAACCGUGGGGUCCGAUGACGAGCGCAGCGACCUCUUAUCUGAGGAUCGCAACUUCGUACGGAACACUCGCGAGCUCUUUGAGGAGGUCGACCCGGAGCUGCUCUCCGAAAAAUUCGCACCCCACACGCAUGUGGUGGGGAUCAUCGUAUCCGCGGACACCGGCGUCGAUGCCACCCCUGCUGAGAUUGAGGAGAGGGUCCUACCGUACAAAGACCUUAAGGAUGAGAUUGAUCUUGAUCUCGGUGAAUACAUUGAAGUCCACCACGAUGAAUUCAACAAGGCCAUUUUCAACUUUUCGGAGAUGAUUCUCGCGGUGUCGGGCAGCGACGACACCCUUGCACGACUCAAGCAGGAUCUUGCGCAGGCUGCCAUGUCGUUAGACUCGCACGCCGAGCAGCUUCACGUGCUGAGGCUCCGGGUUGUGAAGUCGCUCCUGAUGACAGAGACGCUGCAGCGCAUUCAGGAUGCGAUCAACGUCGAGUCCGAUGUGCGGAACUUAAUUACGUCCAAGCACUACCUGCGCGCGGUGCAGCUUUGCAUAAUUCAUUCAAAGGCAUUGCAGGAAGAGCAGAUGCAGCAGAUUCGGGUCACGCAAGGCUUACGCGAGAACGUGGAAACCACCAUGGCGACACUCCAUACAAUGAUUAUUGACGACUUGAUAGACUGUGUGUUUCGAAAGAAUCGGUUAUCCAGGGCGAACACUGACCAGAUACAGCGGAUGAUUCAGGAAAACGAGGAUGUUAGCUACUCCGAGCGCGUUGUGGCUCCUGAUUUGCAGUCCGCUAUGCUGAAGUACUGGCAAUCCGCGGGAUUGGUUGAUGCCGGGGAGGAAUACAGGCCUACAGGGCGAAGCGGUGGAGACGGCAUCGAAGCGAGAGCAAAUAGCGCACGUGUGCCCAACGACGUUAAAGGAAAUGCAGAGACGGUGAGCCCCGAGAGUUUUAGAAAGGAUCGAAGUCUGAAGGAUGUCGUAGAAAGCAUUUCUGACAACCCAGAUGAUGACUCCUUGGUUCAGGACUACUUUAAGUUUAUCCCGUUGUGCGUGAAGAGUCUUUUGCUGCUUGGGAAGAUUGAUAGCUGCCACGAGGCAUUUUUCUCUCGGGCAACGAAGCGCAUCGAGUGGUUUAUUGCGCGUUUCCUCUUGCUUUACAACUCAUGGAGACAUAAACAGAUCCGUAGUACCAACCUAGCGGGCAGCGAUAGCACUGCCAUCGUGCAAGCCACUACAGUGCAGGCGUUUAGCCUCACCAGCGACACCGUCUCGAUGGAGGAGGCCAUCGCGACGGUUCAGUCCCGCGACCUGCGCACCUUUCUUUGUACGUUGUUCACCGAGCUGGAGGAGUUUAUGCGAAACGCGGACUACCUAUAUAAAAUUAUUCUAGUCGCGUAUUACCCAUUUGUUUCCGAGUUUAUCACUCAGCCAUCCCCGUUUGAUGCGGAGAAGUGUAGCACACAGUGGAAAUUAUGGGAAGUCCCCCUCGAUGAACAUCUGGCUCAAGUCGGAAACAUCAUUAAUGCCGCACUGAACAGCACUGAAGUUGAUCUUAAAAAAGAGAAGCCAAUUCAGUCCCCGUCUCCUGGUGAUGAGGAUAGUGCCUCACAAGGCCAAGCACAGAUACAGAACGAUAGGCUGGCGCUUUACCAGGUCAGGGAGUUUUUCACUUUAGAAAAUCUCCUGAAAGCGAAUGCCGUGUCUGAGUCAGCGAGUACUCAGGCCCCUUCUGCAGGUAGUCGUGGGGCUAAUCUGCUCUCCACCGAUCGGAGGCUUUGUUUGAGGGUUGUUUUAGAGUUCCUUAAUACAUGCAUUGAUGACGUUAAGGUCAGGUACCCCAACGAAAGCAGCGUGGAGGCACUCAAGCGAGCUCGUUCAUCCCUUGCGGACAAGAUAGCGGAUGGCGUGCGCUGCAUGUUCGUGGGGCUUGUCAACGAUCUACGUCGUCAAUGGGACCUCCAGGUCCUGUGGUCUCAGCUUAACUAUCACAUAGAACUUGUCUUUCGCGUUCUAUGUGACGCGCAAGAGCUCAAAAAUGGCGACGACGAUAAUAUCUCCGUAAUGUCGUCUCUUUCAAAACAGCGUAACCUCGCGAGCCGAGCGCAGCGCAUCGCCGCGUCGCGAAAGGAGGGGGGGAGCCAAGGAGCGGAUGAUGCCAGCUUGGAUCGCUUGCUGUCCACCUACCACUCCAACGGCGUGCUACGCAUGACUGAGGAGGUCGGCAUUAUUUCGUUCAGUCUGGUGGAUGCCGUCAAGCGAGCGCAGGCUGAUAACAUCAAGACAAGUAAAGUACAGUUGUUGCAAUCCCAGGCGGUGCUGAACGACUCAGCCAACCCGUUAGCACUCAUAGACGCGUGUGGCGGUGGCAGGGGGGGGGUGGCAGCGGAGGGUACCAUACCCUCGGUGCUCUCACACGCAUCUGUUCUGCAAAAUUGGUUUGUUUUCACGGCAAUGAAUGUGCUUACAUGCUACAGGUGUGCGUCGCAGUUCGUGAAACGCUGCUGUGAUCGUGUUCCGGAGAUUGGGUUACUCGGUCGCGAUGAAAGCGUACUUAAUUUUUUCAAGGACUUUCUCCGCAUGACUUACAUUCCUGCGUUAUAUGCCUUUCACUCCCAGAAACUGUUGCGGCUGUUUGCAGCGUUAGACACCACUGCGAAACAGUACGCUUCGAAACCACAGACCAAGGGCCCUGCAUCGCCUUCACAGACUUCUGCCGCGUUGGCAAUAAGUAUUGAGUCCGAGAAUGGCACCACUGGCGACAAACCACCUGUACAAAACACGGAGCGUUGCGCGGUGUGGCCAACGGUAAACACUGACGACGCUCCUUUUCCCCUGCUUGCAUGUGUGCACUACGUCGGCAAGGUGAUCCGAAAGGUGGCGGAGAUUCGAGCCGUUCUUCCAACAUCCCUGGCGGAGGCCGUCGAGCAAAGUGUCUCCGAGGCCUUCGUGGUGGAGUUGUCCGCAUUCCUAAUGCAGAAGCUGCAGUUGCUGGGGGUCGAUACCAUUCAGCAUCAUCUGAUCAACACCGCAUUUGAGCGUGCCUUCGCGGAGACGCCCGAUCAGGUCUGGUCACUACUGUGUGAUGAGGAGCGGCUUCAUCACACGCACGACUACGUUGACCGGAAUCUUUUCUUGUACUACCAAUACAACAGCGCCCAGCGCACGAGUGGGCAUGAAUACAACGCCUCCACCUCCCCGCUCCUUGAUGCCGUCCUCGAGUCUAAACCACUCGAGGACGGCGGUGCCUUUGAUGAGCGGAUCGGGCUCACCCCACCCAACAAGCUUUGCCUGGGCGAUGACAGCUCCAUUGUGGCGCUCGCGGCCACCUGCUUCUCGACGGAGUGGCUCUGCGAGGAGAUGGCGAGGGGUCUCUGGCCUGCGGGUGGCCGUCUCCCGAUCGACUCCGACGGCUGCGUGCCCGGGCAUCGCUUCCGGGAGCUCCUCCAGGGAGCCGACCUCUCCCGCCUUCCGUCGGUUUCAGGGAAGGCGGCGGUGCAGCAGAUGAUCCGCCUGGCAGGCCACCUCACGCGGCUUUACACCCUCUCGCAACUAUCUCUUUUUUUCCUUUCUAUUGAGGCCCGGUUCAUGGCGUUUUGCUUUCUUCCCCAGCUCCGCGAUGAGUGCUACAGCUCUGCGGUGAUCUCGGCCUCGGCGGACACCUUCGUCCAGGCGUACGCGCGUUCCAUAAAGAACUUUUAUGCCCGAAUAAAGCAGUACUUGCCGUGGAAAAAGAUUAAGUAUACCUGCUUGACCUUGGCGAGGCCGGCGAGCGAGCUGGUGUUGUUGGAGAUUGCACGCCUUCGGGAUAAGCACAUCUCGUCGGCGGGCCUCGCGCGUCUGAAUACGAACCUUAUUGUUCUUCAAGCGGCCUUUCAGCACAUCUUACCCACCGACAUCGAUGUGCACGACGCGGUGGGCGGCUACUUAUACCGCCCUGCCGUCUUCCUGCGCUAUAUUCGUACCCAAGAUGUCGUCAAUGAGCUUAUCGCGACGGAGGACUACCGACACUUCACAACGACUGAGAUCGAGGAGCUCAUACGGUUGGUGUUUCGUCAAGCUGGCGGGGCGGGCGAGGACGAGUUCGCGCGCAGCCACAUCUCCCUCUUCCACUCCAAACUAAGCGCACUUGAGACCUCGCAGAAGAAAUCCUCGAGCGAUAUUGAAGGGGAGAAGUGGGGCAGUAGGGUAUGGUUAGGUCGGCAAGUGGGGGUCGGCAGGCCGCAACUCCCCCGCAUGGGUCCGUUGACCACCGCCCCUCAACGCGAUGAGCUCGCAAGCCUUUCGAAGGCACCCCCACUGGAGGCCGCCGACUCACGAACCCCGGGCGAGCUGUCUGAGGUGGAUGAGAGAGAAGAUGACGAAGAAGAGGUAGGGGAAGAAGAAGAAGAAGAAGAAGAAGAGGAGGAGGAAGAGGAGGAGGAGCAAUAUGAGAUCAAGGAAAGGGAUCAAUCAAAAAUGCCCUUUUAA